AUGGCGGUUCUGGAAGUUUAUUUACAUACAUCAUCUACCUCACAACAGAGCGGAAUACGUGUGUGAAACGUGAAUUUGUGUAUAAAUUAGACCGCAGUUCUUGUUUUUUGAAACCCCACCCAACGUUGAAAUGCCGGUUGAUAUUCUUGGGUUUGCUUACGCCGCUACCGUGGCCGCCGGUGGUAUCGUAGGAUAUGCGAAAGCAGGUUCGGUACCCUCGCUAGCGGCCGGUCUUACGUUCGGUGCACUGCUAGGGUAUGGUGCGAUGCUGUCCUCGAAUGAACCGCCACGGCCACUGCUACAGAUCGGUACGGCACUGGUGCUAGCCGGUAUGAUGGGUUCGCGAUGGGCCCGUUCGGGCAAGUUCAUGCCGCCCGGUCUGAUCUGUGUGAUCUCUUGUGCAAUGCUUGCCCGGGGUCUUAUCUAUCACAACCGUUAUCUACCGAUGAUUGGUGCAAAACAUGAGUAAGCUGACACUGGUCGACCGGCCCCAGGGGAUAUGAAGGUCGUAGAUGCAUUUAUGCAACACGCAUUCCACCGACCGCCGGUAAGUCGCGUGCAGGGAGUCAUGGGAGGGCGCAAAGUGACAAGUGGGACAAUGUUCGAAUUACGGUGUUGGGAAUAGCAUACAAUAAAGCUUUAGUUUUAUUAUGAAA